ACUUGGUGUUGACAUGAAUCAAAUGAAGUUGUCAUUUUGUUCACAACACAAGUUCCGCUCCGAUGAUACUCGGGAAUGUUUCGUGCGCCACCUAGCGAUUACAGUAUAUCAUCAUUCAUCCACGUGCAAAAUGGGUGCUGAUGAAGAUGAAACUGCUGUUGUAGACUCAAAACUUCGGGUAAAGGGUAUAAAAGGAUUGCGAGUUGUAGAUGCAUCCGUAUUUCCAACAGUGACAUCGGGAAAUAUAAAUGCCCCAGUGAUAAUGGUUGCCGAAAAAGCUGCUGAUAUGAUACGCGGAAUAGAUUCUGUGAAAGAUAUUAGAGAAAAAUGCUAAACGAUAUCUGAAACAAUCGCAAGUUUAAAACAACAAUAUUUAGUAAUUUAUAAGCUUUCCAGAAAAGAGCAAGCGAAAGAGGAGGCGGAUGUUUUAUUUUGCCGUAAACGGUCGUUUAUUUAUUAGCAUUGUUUUAUUUAAUUGAUGAAAAGUUCUAUGUAUAAAUAAAAAAGAAAGACAUCUAGUGUAGUUAUAAAUGAAGGAAGAAUAUGACAAGAUAUAUGUAUUUAUUUUGCUUUGAUGUACUGUUAGUGUAAGUCAUGAACAGAAGGUUAGUACAAUAUUAAAAUGAAU